ACAUUUCUCCAGAUCCACAUGGCAACCCUUGCUCCUUCCAGGCUUCUCUGUGGAGUAAAUGAGGGAAGGGAUUUCAGUUGGGGAAACCAGUUAAUUGCAAUAACAGUUCAGAAAGAACCCGAAAUAUGGCAACUGCUCAAAAGCAAAGAACUUCUUUGAGUGCAGUAAUAUUUCCUAACAAAAUAUCAACAGAGCUGCAAUCUCUGGUAUUGGUGAAAAGGCUGCUGGCAGUAGCUGUAUCCUGCAUUACUUACCUAAGAGGGAUAUUCCCAGAAUGUGCAUAUGGAACAAGAUAUUUAGAUGACCUCUGUGUGAAAAUACUGAGGGAAGAUAAAAACUGCCCUGGCUCCAGUCAGCUGGUGAAAUGGAUGCUAGGAUGCUACGAUGCACUGCAGAAAAAAUAUCUCAGAUUAAUCGUCUUGGCGGUCUAUACCAAUCAAGAGGACCCUCAGACAGUUACAGAAUGCUACCAAUUUAAGUUCAAAUAUACUGAUCAAGGGCCAUCCAUGGAUUUCACAAGUAAAAAACAGGGAAGUAAUUCCAACAUCUCAUGUGCAGAUACUAAAAAAGCUAGUAUCUUGAUGAUACGGAAGAUUUAUGUCCUGAUGCAGAACCUGGGCCCUCUGCCUGAUGAUGUUUGUUUGACAAUGAAGCUGUUCUAUUAUGAUGAAGUUACACCACCUGAUUACCACCCUCCAGGGUUCAAAGAGGGUUAUUGCGAAGGGAUGGCAUUUGAGGGGGAGCCUAUGUACCUAAGUGUCGGUGAGGUUCCGACCCCUUUUCAUACAUUGAAAGUUAAAGUGACAACGGAAAAUAUUGACACAGCCUUAUUAAAGCCAGGCAAUGCGUUGACUUCUCCAAAGGCACGACAGCCCUGUGAUGAAAUGGAUGAAGAUUUUGUUGGAGAAAAUAGAAUGAGAAAGCAGAAAAACACAUACAGAGCUCCUCAUACCCACACUAAAGAACUUAAUUUAGUAUGUGAAGAAGAUGAAAACAUGAGAAUAGAAGACAGCCAAACUCUCUCCAUCUGUAGUUCUCAGGUGGAGCAUCUAGUUAAUAAGACAUCAGAACUUGAAGUAGCUGAGGGCAAGACAAGAAGUGGAAGGAGAUUUCAAUGCAACACAGGUGAUGUGGAAAGCAGCAGCAACAAAAAGCAGUUAGCAGCAAAGCAUCCUAUAGACACUCAGAAAAGAAGAAACUCGGAAUCAGGCAAGCCAGUCUAUCAUCUUGAAUUCUCAUCUUGUCAAGACUCAGGUCCCAAACGGAGAAAAUUUAGUGAACCAAAGGAGCGGAUUUAAUAUUGGCUUCCUAAUGUUUAUUAUUUCCACCCCCAACCAUCCAAUGUUUUUCUCUUUAUACCUAGUAGUUUGAUAUUUUAAUGGGGCUAUAUUUUAAACUGUUGAAGCCAUCAAACAUUUUUCAGUGCUUUUGUUUGCAGUCAAAUUCAGGUAUACAUGAAAUCCAGUCUCAUAACACUCAAAUGUCAUCUGUCAGCCUGGGGGUGGGGGAUGGGAUGUUGCUGUUGUCUGAAGACAUCAUAAAAUAACUGUUGCUUUGAUCUGAGGCCUGAUUUAAAUGUUAAUGGUUGACAUGCAAAAACAAAAGGUAAUCCAGGUGCCAUUUCACAUAGCCAGGCUCACAUUAAACUUGGGUCUCUCGGCUGUUAUCCAUAGAGAGUGCCUUGGCUAUGGGUCUCGUGUGCUUAAUUUUGCAUGUGCAAACAAACUAAGACAACAGCUGCAGUUUUAACUUGGGCCUGAGGAAAACUUCCUUAAGAAACUGAUAAAUUGAUUCCAACUGGAAUAACUUCACACAACACUAUUGAUGCCAUGUGAAUUAGAAGGAAAAAGCUAAAUGUUUGUAACCUUAGCCAACUUUCGCCAAGCUGGUACCAAGUUGGUUUUGGACUACAUCAUGCUGGCUGGGUCUGACAGGAGUUGUAGUCUAAAAAAGGCGAAAUGGGCACCAGCUUGGGGCAGGGUAUUGUAACUAAUAGCCUCACCCACAGAAAAAGUUAAUCACAUCUAAGUCAUGUGAAAUGAGAUGUCACAAAAUUGACUUCAGAGGCCCAUGGAUUUCAAUACCUCUUAGGCACAUCUUACUUUCUCUGGACUGGAGCUAACAAUUAACUUAUAAAGCAAUAGUUAUUUUGUUUCUUGUUACUAGAAGUGUAACACUAGAGAAAACGUUAAUAAUUUUAUGCUAUAUAAUUCUUGAAACAUAAUGGAAGUAUGACUCAAGAACAUUGAUUUCUAAUUAAAUGUUUAUAGAGGUCUGCAAUCCAUGUGCUUUGUUUUAGACCUUCCACUUUUAUAGCCACAAUAAAAUAUUUACAACUCAAACAA